CUAGACCUUUUUCAGAGCUUCAUUAGAUCGGUUUAGAUUUUUCUAAAGCUUGUAAAGAACACCUAUUUUCGGGAAAAUCUUAAACACCUUUCAAAGUCAUCAAAAAUUAAGGUCCAAGGGUUUUCUUUGAUUUCUGUUGAAGUUCUGGAAAACAGUUGAGAACUUAUAAAAAAGGCCUUAUUGUGCUUCCUCACACCUUAAAUGACACUUUUAUUUGAACUAGGUACCCUUUCCAAGAAUCCUUCGCCCUUGGCAGCGUUUUAGAUCUUGUCCAGACCCUUGUCAAAAAUCUUUCUAAGCUUUUUCUAGUUUGUUGUAGAUCUUUGCCAAAACUGGAUAAGGACAUCUAGUUUCGGAGUGAUCUUGAACGAUCUUAAGGGUUUUCGGAAAGACCAUGGAAGAUGUUUAAAGACUCUUGGGUCUACGUGUAAAGCAACAAAGAAGUCUGAGGCUUUAUAAACGCCUUACAUUGGCAUUCUUGAGCCUUUUAAUUCUCUAGGGUAUUUCCAAAGCUUUUUCAGUAAUUUGUAGGCACUUUUCCAGAGCAUACCAGAUCGUUCCCGAAACCGUUUUCAGAUGAUGAGAAUUGUACCUAUGGGUAAUGUUUUCUUCUGGAACUCUGGAAAGCUCCCGAAGGUAUAUUUACGCAUGUGGAACGUUUGCAGUGUACUUAAGUCUCGUCCAAAGAUCUUUCGCGUCUUUGUUUCCAGAGGUAGACGAGAUACAUUCUUUCAUUUGUGUGUUUCCAUCGAUCUCUGUAACAAUAAGGCAUUUUUUUUUCUCAAAUUCAGAUUCGUAUGUUUAGGGAACUCUUUUUUUGUGUUCAUGUCGGUUUUCUGCAUUUUGAAAUUUCUGACACGGUGUAAUGGAAGUAGUUUUUUCACCUUAAAAUACCUGCGGUUAGACAACUUUGAUACGCGGGCCAUGUACUCGUAUUGGAUGUUAUUCGGCGGUUAAACCACAUCCCUUUGUCAAAAAAUAUUGUGGGAAUCUCCAAUAUAAAUCGAGCUGCAUUCACUUUUUUCACUGUGAGCUCAAAGUUCGUGCAAGAAAUGGCGACCAAGGAAAACCUGCUUCUUCUGUUACAAAAUCCAACGGAGCCAGUUUACUAUCCGAAAGGCGAUAAAAAGGCCGUCUUUGAUAUUACGACCGAUUACAUUGCUCCUCGUUACCAACAUGUUGGAGUGCAGUUAUUUGAUCGCGUCGGCGAGGAGGCAGGUGAACGGAUUCCCGUAAAGCAGAUCUCUCUACCGAGGUUAGGAAAUAUUUUGAAGCUCCCACGCCAGGCCAAUUUCUCCCUGUUCAUACCGUUCCAUCGCGAAAUUGCCGGACAGCUCAUCGACAUCUUCAUGGGUAUGAGAGACAUUGAAGAUCUCCAGUCUAUGGCUGUUUACGCAAGAGACCGUGUUAACCCGUACCUGUUCAAUUAUUGUCUGUCCGUCGCUCUUUUGCAUAGGGUGGACACGCAAGGUUUGGAUAUUCCCUCGUUCAUGGAGUCUUUUCCGGAUAAGUUUAUCGAUACCCAAAUCUUAAGUCAGGUUCGAGAAGAAGCAAAUCUUGUACCGACGGGCUCUAGGACCCCGAUCGAAAUUCCAAUCGACUACACCGCAUCGAAUCUGGAGGAAGAGCAUCGCCUUGCCUACUUUCGCGAAGACAUCGGAAUUAAUCUACACCAUUGGCACUGGCACUUAGUCUAUCCCUUUAACGGUCCAAGGCAGAUAGUGAACAAAAACCGGCGCGGGGAGUUAUUCUAUUACAUGCAUCAGCAGGUCAUCGCGAGAUACAACUUCGAACGCUUAUGCGCCUCCCUAAAAAGGGUCACCCGGUUUAUUGACUGGCGCAAACCCAUCCCCGAGGCGUACUUCCCCAAACUGGACAGCUUGAUCGCUAGUAGAUCGUACCCUUCCCGCGUCGCCAAUCAAACGAUUCAGGAUUUGAACCGAGAGCAGGAUCAAGUGAAGGCUGAUAUUAACCGACUGGAACAAUGGCGCGACCGAAUUGCCACGGUCAUUGCCUCGGGAAAUGCACAAGACGAAGCCGGAAACGACAUUCCAUUGACGGAGUUCGAGGGCAUAGACGUUCUUGGCAACAUGAUCGAAUCCAGCAUCCUCUCGCCGAACCGCGCGUUCUAUGGAGACCUCCACAAUUUUGGGCACGUUUUCAUCGCGUACAUCCACGAUCCAGACCAUCGUCAUUUGGAAUCGUUCGGGGUGAUGGGCGACUCCACCACUGCCAUGCGCGACCCCAUCUUCUACAGGUGGCACGCGUUUAUCGACGACAUUUUCCAACAGUUCAAGGCGUCCCUUCCCAGAUACACCGUGUCACAGAUCAAUUACGAUGGAGUGACCGUGGACAGCUGCCAAAUUCAGUCGCAGGGUGGAAAUCCGAACGUGAUUAGCACCUUCUGGCAGCAGUCGGACGUCGACCUCACCCGCGGCAUGGACUUCCAACCGCGCGGCCCAGUCUUCGUCCGUUUCACCCAUCUGCAACAUCAGCCGUUCACUUACAACAUCUCCGUGAACAACUCGGGAGGUGCCCGGCGCGGUACCUGCAGGAUCUUCAUCGCGCCGGCGACCGACGAGCGCGGAAAUCCGUGGCUCUUCCAAGAUCAAAGGACUCUCUUUGUGGAGCUCGACAGAUUUGUUGUCAACUUGCAACCGGGAAAGAACACAAUUGUCCGUCGCUCCGACCAAUCGUCGGUCACGAUUCCGUUCGAGAGAACCUUCCGUAAUCUGGAAGCUAACAGACCGGCGGAGGGCACGGACGCAGUUGAGCAAUUCAACUUUUGCGGAUGCGGGUGGCCGCAUCACCUCCUCAUUCCGAAGGGCACACCUGAAGGGAAGGACUCGCAUUUGUUCGUGAUGAUCUCCAAUUACGACGACGAUCGCGUCGACCAAGAUACCAACGUCCCCUGCAACGACGCUUCCAGUUAUUGCGGCAUUAAGGACAGGCUGUAUCCGGAUCGCCGCUCCAUGGGCUAUCCCUUCGACAGAUCACCGCGUGAUGGGGUCAGCACUCUUCAGCAGUUCCUUACGCCGAACAUGAGAGUACAAAAUGUCACCAUUCGUUUUACCAAUCGUACCCUCAGAAAACCACGUCAAUAGGAAACGGAGUCAUGUUGAUGACCGAAAGCUUCAAUGUAUGAUCAUAAUUGAUAAUGAAUUAAUAAAAAAUUAAGC